CGCUUUUCUGCCUUAUCUCUUCCCGUGUUCGACCGGCGUUAUCUGAGCACGGACGAUACGACGACGACGACGACGACGACGACGACGGCGACCACAACGACAUGCCGACCAACAAUAAUAACAACGCCACUUACUUGAGAGCUUUUGGUAAGUGCACAAACGGUUUGCCGGCAACGACAGGAGAAGAAUCGUUGUUGGAACACCACCACCAUCAUGUGGUCGUUAUCGGUGGCGGUGGAAGAGAUUCCGGGGGUGGUGGUGAGUUUGACACGUCAGCCGAGGAAGACAGAGCAGCGGCGGACACCAUAGACGAGCUGAACAGCCGUCGUGGCGACAUAAACAAUACGGUGGUGGCCGCCGAUCCAGACGACGAGCCGUCGCCCGUCGUUGAGACGAUCGCGGCGUCGCAGCAUUGUUGCGGCGACGGCGCGGCCGAUGUAGCGUCAGUGGCGAACGAAGAAAAUGGCGGCGGCAUCGCGGGCACGCCCAGCAUCGGCUACGGGUCGCCGGCGGUAGAUGGUGCGCCGGUCGGUAGGACGUCGUUCGGUGCGGAGGAGGAGGAGCCGGCUGUCGUCGACCGUUUACAGCAACAACAGGUUCACGGUACGACAGACGAACGGCCGACUGGCAACGUGUACGAGCACCGUGAUGAUAUGAACUAUCAUCAACAUCACCACCAGCAGCAGCAGCAGCAGCAGCGAACCAGUCCGUCGCAGCAAAACGUCGCAGUCAGCAGUAGCAACAGUAACAGCAGUGGCAGCAACAGCGCCGGCAACAAUAAUACUACUAAUAACGGACCGUCGACAAUUAUUAACCGUUACGACAUGAUAGUGGCACAGAAUUAUCAGCAAUCCAAGUACGGCAAUAGUCGGGACUUGAUCGCCUCGAUUUUCCCACAGACCCUAACCACGGAUCAGCUCCAGCAGCAACACCAGCAGCAACGUGAUGAUGAAGAAGAUUUCUACGAGUACCAGCAGGUGUACCAGCAGCAACAGCAGCAGCAGGCCAAGUUCGAACACAUUGUGUUGAAGCAAGAGCCGCACGUGUAUACGGACGAGUACUUUCACCAGGAACACCAACCGCAGUUGCAGUUGCAGCAUCAGCAGCAGGACCAUUGCUCCAGUCCGGGCAGCUCGGCCGGCGCAUAUGACGAGGAGGUGGUGGCCGCUAAGGGCGGCGAAUUACUGGACUUGCACAUGUCUCGCGCGGACGAUGGAACCGUCACUGUGCAGUCCAACCCUUUCGUUCACCUAGUGGCCUCGUUACACAGCGACUCGGGCAGCGUGUCGCCCAUGCAGGGUCACCUGCAAGAUGACCAACAGGGCUCCGGGGGUGGAUCACCUACUGUCGUGUUACAGCAGCCUCACGUGGCCGAUCACUCGUACACGCCGUCGUCCGCGACCACCGCCGAACAACAGUUAACCCAGCAUCUGUCGCAGAACCAUCACAGCGUCGUUUACCACCCGGGUGCCACUAACGUUAUUCACCAUAACAACAGCGGUUCCAGCAUCUCGGGCUCUUCCAUGUACCCGAGAAGUAACGGAGCCGGCUUGUACUCGGCAACGCUGCAGCAGUACUUCACUUCCUCGCCCGAACUCGUGGCCCAGCAGCAGACCACAAAUAAUAUUAUCACGUCCGUUGCCGGCAACCACAUGUGGUCCACAGUCGUUUCCGAUGACGGUACCGAAGUGUAUUCGCCAACAUCGUCCGGUGGUGGCGGCGGCGGCGGCGGCGGCGGCGGCGGCAGUGGCUCCAAACAGCAACAGCAGCAGCAGCAGCAGCAACAACAGCAACAGCAACAGCAGUCUGGACACAACGGCGGCGGCGGGCUACCGGCUUUCGGGCAACGUUUCGUCACGCACACGUCAUCCGCGUACACGUCGCCCGGUACGUCGCGCUCGUCCGCGUCCUACCACCCGAUCGCCACCUCCGGCGUUGUGCCGUAUCACUUGGCUCCCGCGGCCGUCGUCAACAACGCCAGCGGUUCGUCGGAUCCCUCUACGCUGCAGUGGGCCACGACCGCGACCGUUGCGACCCACGGGUACCCGAAUACCGACGGUUCCAUAAACUACGUUCCAAUAGCCAACAACCAGACGAGCAGGAGCCGGUCGAAUGCCACGUUCUCCGCGGCCGCGUCCCUCCACGCCUUCAACGAGAUGGAAAUGUUAUGCGAGGGUCGGGAGUGCGUGAAUUGCGGAGCGAUUUCCACACCAUUGUGGAGACGCGAUGGCACCGGCCAUUACUUGUGCAACGCGUGUGGACUUUACCACAAGAUGAACGGCAUGAACAGACCUUUAGUGAAACAACCCAAACGGCUGCAAAACGCGUCUAGGCGUCAAGGACUGCAUUGUACAAAUUGUUCGACGUCCACCACGUCAUUGUGGCGCAGAAAUCAAGUGGGUGAACCAGUGUGUAAUGCCUGUGGUCUGUACUAUAAGUUACAUAGCGUCAAGAGACCACUUACAAUGAAAAAGGACUCUAUUCAGACAAGAAAACGUAAGCCUAAGAGUGGAACUAAAAUUGACCCAGAACCUAAGAGGAUCAAACAAGAAAUACCAUCUGAACACAACUAUAGUGAUUGCCAUCGUACUUCGGGCAGCAUUUUAAAUCAUGGCAGUGCUAGUUAUACCAACUUGUAUCAGACAGCCACACAUAUAACCCCAUACUACGAUGUUAUAAAGUCGGAACCAUCGCAAGAGUCUAUUAACAGUCCACAUAUAGUAAGCCUUGCAUCUGCCAGUAACAACAACAACAAUAAUAAUAACAACAAUAACACAAGCAACAAAGAUAGACCUAGUGUCUUAUCAAUGUCUGUAAUUUCCUAAAUAUUAAGAAAAUCUCUCCUUGACUAUUCUUUAGUGUUAUUAACUUUGUUGGUUUAAAUUUUAUUAUUAUAUCUAUAUAUCAUUAACGAACAAAUGAAAA